AUGCCCAGUACGCCGCAGGAGAUGGGCGGCGGCUCUACCGUGACUCCUGGACUCCGAGCCGGCUACGUAAGCCAGCUAGAGCAACGGAUCAUUGAUCUCGAGCAAGAGUUCCAAGCAUUCAAGUCGCAUGUUAAUCAGCAACUUGCCACUGUCUCCACUCCCCAACAGCCGCAGAGUCCAGAGUCACACACUACAGCGGAUCCCGGCCCAGCAGAUCCUCCAUCAGAAGCUAUUGCUCUUGGAAACCCGUUCAGCAGGCCAUCUUUGGAAACCUACAGAAACUACUGCAGAAUUUGGUUUGACCGAUACCACUCUUGGUUCCCUAUUCUCCAUCAACCGACUAUCCUAGGAUUGUGUAAGGAUGACUCCAGUCGGCCCAGAAGCCCAGCUUCAUUAAUCCUCGAUGCCAUUGCUGUAGUUAUUGUCUCAAGCCAGCAGGCUCCAGUCGAUACAGGUCUGGACCGGGAUCAGUUCUGUCGCUAUCUCACCGACGAGAUCAUUCUCGCGGCAAUCCACGACAUGUCUUUUCGCAAACUGCAGGCCCUCUUGAUUCUGACCAUGGCAGAGUAUGGCAGCGGCAGGAUGAUUGACUUUUGGAACCUGAUCUCGCUAUGCAAGAGAAUCAGCACACAGCUUGGGCUACGAGACUUGGUCGCCCACAGUGCCAUGAACUUUGGCUUUCCUUCCGUCUUGCCGCCUCGGAUGCUCCAGAUCCCUACCACUGCCGUUGAACGCGAAGAAAAGAUCCGCGCCUUCUGGGCUAUCGACGCUCUUGACUCUGCCUCGACGCUGGGAGUCGCAUGGCAUCUCACCGUGUCCAGACCAGAACCAGCUGCUAAUCUGCCCUGCGACGAGGAAAUCUGGCGAUUCCCAGAGUCGGUCAUUGACAUGUACCAAUUUGGUAGCUCUGAAGCGCCCUCAUCUUUCUCACUUUACGUGCGAUUGGUUACCAACGAGCUUUGGCAUGUCCACAAUUUUCUACAACAGUCUUGCGAGCCGUUUUCCAUAAUAUCUCUGUCUCAAAGGCAGGAAGAAUGCGACUCCGUCUAUCAGAGACUCAAAUCGUGGCAGAACGAUUUCGAGCAACUCCUGACAGUGCACACGCCGCUCUAUACCGACUUGCUCACACAUUCCGGGACUCCUACGCAACAGCCCAACUCGAUUCUCAUUCAUUGCACAAUACACAGCGCCAUCAUAUCCCUCCACCAAAGACUCAUAUUUCCUGUCUCUCUGACAGAUGAGGAUGCCACCCACUGGGAGGCAGCAGCAGAGAGAUGCCUAUCCAGCUGUGAUCAAAUGGCUGAAGUAAUUAGAGGCGCCAACGACGACACUCUUGGAAUCAUCAACCCUCACGUCAUCUACUGCGUCUUCAUUGCAGCAAGAUUCUAUCUCAUCUACUCGAAGGCCAUGGAUCUACCCCUUCCUAAUAAACUUUACCUUUUCAUCUACGCUCUCCGUGUAUGUGGGCAGAUUUGGCAUCUUGCAAAAUUGCUUCACACGGUACUUGAGGUUGCCUCCGCUGAGCAUGCUGGGAGCCAGGUUUCACACCCACUGCCUGUGGAGUUUUUCGACUUGCAGUAUUUCUCACUGGAUAUUCACGCUGCUUUGAGAAUUUGGGCUGGUGAGAAACAAGGCUCGUUGUUGCGGGAGGAUCACGCGGUUACAUCUUGUACAAGGGAGGAUGAGAGGGCAUGA